CUUGGGCCGGCGGACAGCCAGCAGGAGGCACCGACGCGUCUUCUUAUGACAGCCGCCAUUGUUUUUAUGCCACCAUCUUCGGCCUUGUCCGCCGAUGCAAGGAAUAACAGGAAUAUCCGCAUCUGGCUUCAUAAGACCUUAUAUAUCGGCCUUCAGAGCCUCGAGUGACGGCAGACACUAUCUCCUGUUGUUGAAAAGGAGAGAUUUUCUUCGCAUUGGAAUCAACCAUGUCGAGAAGAAACCUCGCCAAUCACACGUCGACCGAAGUUCAUACAAUGGAUGCUUCUCCUCGUACCAUCAUCUACAAGAAAAUCGGCUCCCUUCAAAUUCCGCUGGAUCUUUAUCUGCCCAAGAAUGCACGGAAGGCGCCAAUACUUCUAUGGUUCCACGGUGGCGGACUCCUGAUGGGACGACGCGAUCUUCUCGCUCCUCACAUGCGCAAAAGCGUGCACACCCAUGGUUACGCUUGCAUUUCGGCCGACUACCGCCUCGCACCCCAGGUCUCCGUCCAUGAUGUCUUUGAAGAUGUAAAGGACUGCAUCAACUUCAUCCGAAACGAGCUCACCUCCUACGUGGAAGAAGACGCCUUGGAUGUAUCUCGUCUAGCCGUUUCUGGUAGCUCAGCAGGCGGCUUCUUGACUCUGUUAGCAGGACUCUAUGUAGUCCCUAAGCCACAGGUCAUUAUUCCGAUCUAUCCAAUCACCGAUCCUCUCGGUGGCUUCUUCACCAAACCACAGCCUGCGCCACCGGGACGCUAUGCAGCUUCCAAGGCGGAGAUGGAGCCUUUCCUCAAUACCCAAGCUGAACCAUCCACCAGCUGCGGCAAAGUCCCAGAUCCUCGCGCCCACAUGUAUGUGUACAUGCUGAGAGCCGCAAACUUGGCCGAGUUAUGGGGUGUGCCGGAUGAACAAAGCGCCGCUCCGUAUAGGAUCUCGCGCCAGAUUCAAGAGCAUGGAUUGCCACCUGCGUACGUGCUGCAUGGAGACGCAGAUACAGCAGUAGGUGUGGAACAGUCGGAUGAAGUCGUAGGUUCCAUGCUGGGUUGCGGGGUGAUCGUGGAGUACGAACGUCCACAUGGUCAAGAUCACUUUCUAGACAAUGGUGAUGACUAUCAGAACGAAGCGAUGUAUGCUUUCAUAAACAAACAUCUCUGACCGAAACCGCCUUGCGGGAACACAUGAAUCAAUUGCAGACUACUACACUGCGGAAACGACUCGAGGGUGUCAACUAUUCUAUCUACGCCCAUCCGACGACGAGGUUAACGACGACGAGCUUAUCUCUCGAAAAUUUUGGUGGGAAAACUCCAACGAAUAUAUAUGGGAUCAUAUAUCCCACAUCCAAGGAAUACCGGUCGAGGUCGUUGGCCACGAGUAGCUCGUUGGGACCCAAAAAAACUUCUUUUCGAGAUUCCUCAGUGGGUUUGAUUUCGUCUUGAAAUGCGUUGACUUUGACCUUGUCCGCUUCUUGAUCCAACAGGUUGAUCCUGGUGAGGAGGAUGCCAUGCGGAGUGGAGGAAUCGAUUUGGGCAGUCUCUUGAUGCGUCCUAACACCAAAGCUGACAGUACCUUUACUAUAUCGCAAAGUACACUUCCUGGGUUUGUCACACUGGCUGCCAAUGUUGGCUUAGUUGUUGCCAUACCUGCAAUGUGUGAGUCUAGUAAUAUUUUAGCUCUAGAGAGUCAGGGGAACUCACAUCGUAGAACGAGAACACCCAGUACCGUCGAUCAGAUUGCGGCACGUUGAUGUACAAAUCAUAUCGAGACAAGUCGUAGAACAUGAAUGAAUACAAGGUGUCGUUAUUUGGCCGAACCACCUGGGUCCAAUCUGCCUUGACGAGGUCGCGUUCAUGGAUCAGAGUGUUGUUUGGGGUGUUGACAUGGGCUUUAGAGAUCCUUCCAUACGCGUAGAGCGGGUAGCCAUACCUUGAACAUGUCGCUUAGCAAAAGAAGUAUUGCC